ACAGCAUGGCGGCUCUCGUGUCGCUCAUGAGCUCAGCUCGCUGGAAAGUUCCAGUACAUUCACGUUUUGUCUUUUAAAGACUAUAUAAGUUAUUCGGGGCUCAGAGAAACAGAUUACACAUCGGCUCUACGCGAUUCUAUACAGUUGUUCGCAUCAUGUCAGAGAACAGAGACACCAGGAGAUACCCCAGAAACCUGCAGGGGGUCCUGCAGCUGGCGGUGGAGGCUGGAUCAGCCUCAGAGGGUCCUGCUCCCGUGGAGCAGAUGUCCGAGGAGAGAAAAGCCUGGUUGAGAGAAGCUCUCGCCGAUGUCUGCAAAGGGCAGAUGGAUGAAGUGGAGCAGAUGAAGCAGUGUCUGACCAUUCUAAACAAAGAGGAGGCCAGCGACAGAGAGACCAGCGAAGAGGAAGAUAGGGAUGAGGAUGAGAGUGACGAGCGGGAGUCGGCCUUUGAGUUGUUAUCUGAGUUAUGUGAGAAUCUGGACAACGCCCGAGACCUGAUGACUCUGGGUGGGCUGGACCUGUGUGUGUCUCGUUACCUGUCUCACGCCCGCAGUGGCCUGAGGUGGCACGCUGCAGAAGUCAUUGCCUCGUGCGCCCAGAACAUGCCGCAGGUUCAGGUCCACCUGCUCGGCAUCGGGGCGCUGCCGAAGCUGCUGCAGCUCACAGACUCAGACCCUCACCCCACCGUCAGAGUCAAAGCCCUGUACGCUGUGUCAUGUCUGGUACGAGAGCAGGAGGCGGGGCUGCAGGCCUUUCUGUCCCACGAUGGCUUCUCGGUGCUGAUGCGAGGGAUGCAGUCUCAGAACGAGAAGCUCAGGACCAAGUCGGCUUUCCUGCUCCUUAACCUGCUCACCUCCCAUCCGGAGCACAAAGCUGCAGUGGUCUCCAUGGGCAUGGUGGAGCAGCUGGUGGCAGUUCUCCGCACUCCACAUUCUCCUUUCCAUGAGCAUGUUCUCGGCGCUCUUUGCUGUUUGGUGGAAGACUUUCCACAAGGGAUCAAAGACUGCAGGAACCCGGCUCUGGGUCUGGAGGAGCUGCUGAGGCAGCGAGCCAAAGAGCUCCAGGGAAGAGAAGAAAACCAGGAGGAGCUCGACUUCUGCCAUCGAUUGAGGAGUUUGUGUUUCCGUGGGGGGAAGCAGUCAGACGACAACGGGAUGGACCGCUGAAGUCUUUUAUAUUCUUUCUUCCGUUUUUUUUUUUUUUUUUUUUACAAACCUCAGCUGUGCAAAAAGAUGCAACAAAGUAUUCAUGAGCUGGAUCAUGGAUGUCGUCCUGCUGUGUCUCUCUCACAGCAGCCACUGUUGAUAUUUUACAUGUCAUCCAGAAACUGGAGUUUGCUGUGUAAAUUCCUGUAUAAAACACUUUGUCAUGUCUGUUAUUUGAGUUCAGUGUUUACCGUCAUUUGUAUGUUUUAUUGUUACUCCAAUCCAAUCUGUUUAAAGUGUGAUGUGUUAUUUUUUAAUUGUUAAGGUCAGAUUAAGUGGCUGAAAUAUAUUUAAAGCAUUUUGUUUCCGUCCUCAAAAACAAAAAUCACAUUGAUAGAUCAUGUAUUUAUUUAUUUUUUAACUAAACACAUGAUGCACAAACCUCACAGAAAAAUAAAUAAUCCCUCAAAAUUC